AUGUUAGGGAAUCUCAUUCUCAAAGUGAGCAACCUCUUUCGCCCGAUGAACUUUCCUCUGCUAUCUCUACUAGUGUUGUCGGUGCUAGGAGCUUCGGAAUCAAAGCACAUCGUGCGAAAAGAUUUAAAACAUGUUACCUCAGUGGUAGCUACUUCGACGAUACUAGGAAAACCACCGAGUGAAUGUGCCGGUUACAUCGAACAUUUCCUGCGAUGGCACAUCUCCGUAUCCGGUGGCAAGGACAUGACCUGGAUCUUGCAUCUCAACGGUACCAAGGCCUGUCAGAUAUGUUACCACGGCCAAGACGGUCUCUUUGAGGACAUGGAGGCGUGCAUGGAAUGUCAUUUACCUUUCGCCGACCAUUUACAUCACUCGUCACACUGUCGUCAAUAUCUGCAUGUGCUGAUCCCAGACCCCAAGGCCUGCAAGCACUGUUUUGUGGAUGCGAAGCACAAGGUGCAUACGGCGCUCUGUCAUGUGGAUACCAAAGUGAGGACGGCGAUGGACAGGAUGCAUCUCCAUUUCGGAUGGCAUUUUUAA